UAUAUCGAUUUCAUUAGAAAUCUUGAAAUAACGUAUAGGCUGUUUUCGGAUUUGAUAUGCGUUUGCUCGCUUAAGUAAUGUAGCUACAUUGGUUAACUAGUACGUGGGUGUGCUUUCCUGCAUUCUCUGUCGCUGGCAAUAGCAUUAACGUAAACCUGCUAUGUUUCCUUAUCGCUAGCAAAGCAUAGCAUCAACUUAACUCUGGUCAUGUAUUGUCCAACCCAGACUACAAAAGAAAUGGACACUCGAGCCUUGAGGAAUCGUUAUCGUGACUACGAUGGGAACCCUGAGCUGACGCAGUCGCUUUUUGACUCCCACGGCAAGCUGACGUCGGAGUUUUCCCAGCGGCUGAGAAGCAAGAUCGACGAGCUCCUAGCUGUCAUGGAGGGCGGUAUGAAGUCUGCUGACCCAAGAAACUGCACCAGUUACACAGGCUGGGCAGGCAUUGCACUCCUCUACCUGCACCUCCACCGUGUUUUCAAACAGGAGGUGUUCCUCCAGAAGGCUCUAGAACACGUCAGCCGCAGUUUGAAGUGCCUGACCCGCCGUGAUGUCACCUUCCUUUGUGGUGACGCAGGGCCGCUGGCUGUUGCCGCUGUGGUGUACCACCGGCUGCAGAGGCAAGGGGAGGCCGACGACUGCAUCACUCGACUGCUGCAGUAUCACCCGACUGUUGUGAAGGGUUCGGGCGGCUUGCCGAAUGAGCUCCUCUACGGUCGAGUUGGUUACCUCUAUGCUCUUGUCUUUAUCAACCAGCAGCUUGGCACCAACAGAAUCCCUCUGCAGCACAUCCAGCAGAUUAGUGAGACCAUCUUGGCUUCGGGUGAGCACCUGAGUAGGAAGUUUCGUCUCCAGAAUCAGAGUCCCCUCAUGUAUGAGUGGUACCAGGAGCAAUAUGUCGGUGCAGCCCACGGACUGUCCGGCAUCUACUACUUUCUCAUGCAGCCAGGAUUUGUUGCGGCUGAGGAGAACAUUCACAGACUCGUCAAGCCCAGCGUGGACUAUGUCUGCCAUCUUAAGUUCCCCUCGGGAAACUACCCUCCCUGCAUCGGAGAUGAUCGCGACCUGCUGGUGCACUGGUGCCACGGCUCCCCAGGCGUCAUUUAUAUGCUUCUGCAGGCGCACACUGUAUUUGGAGACUCUCAUUACCUGGAGAAUGCUUUGCAGUGUGGUGAGGUUGUGUGGCGGUGGGGCUUGCUGAAAAAAGGCUACGGGCUUUGUCACGGUGCAGCAGGAAAUGCUUACACCUUCUUGGCUCUAUAUCGUCAAACACAGGACCCCAAGCACCUUUACAGAGCCUGCAUGUUUGCAGAGUGGUGCAUCAACUAUGGCUCGCAUGGUUGCAGGACACCAGACACGCCCUUCUCACUUUUUGAAGGCAUGGCGGGUACCAUCUACUUUUUGGCCGACAUGCUGCAGCCAGCACAAGCACGCUUCCCAGCCUUUGAGGUGUAAGGCUCCGCAACCGCAAGCCCACAGGUAGAUAGAUGUCCUGCUGUGGACAAGACUGGAUAUGUCUUUUCCAAAUACUUCCUGCUAUUUUUCUUAAGCCAUUUGUCAUAAAGCCAUUUGAGCUCCUAUUAAAGGUAGUGGAUGCAGCAGAUUCCUCCAGCAUUCCAGUGAGAGCUUCAACAAUGACGAUUAAUCGAUUAGCCAAUUAAUCGACAACUUGUGUUGGUAUUCAGUUUAUAUUUUUUUAUAAAAAAAAAACUAUGCGAAUAUUUUUCAAUUUCCUUCAUCCUCCAUGAAGGCAAACAUAUUGUCUGUGUUUUAUGCAAAACAUGAUAUUCUCACACAUCAGACUUUGGAAAACUGUCAUUGACAUUUUGGCCUUUUUUCAAACUGUUUGUUUGGUUCGUAUUGAUUUGGUCCAUAGAGGGCCUAACCGAUUACUCAAUUCAUUGAAACAAGAAGCUGCAGAUUAAUUGAUAAGGAACUAAUCAUUAGUUGCAGCCCUGAGUCAAACGUACAAAUAGCGUUAUACGCCGCCUCUUUCUACUUUGACCACACACGAGUCAUGUUUGUUGCCAGCUAAUAAUAGCGAUGAGGCUAAGUUUGGCUGCUAACCUUAGCUACCAUUGAACGACUAGCCGCUCAUAAGCACACAAUGACUGCAAAUGGCCGUUUCGCUUCUCUGAGGCUGCCUUUGUCUAUGUGCACGCUCUUCGAUAUUAUUAGAAAUUUCAUUCUUAGUUUGGUUCAAUUUGUUCCUUUAUAUGCUAGCCCGCGGCUGUGUUCUUCUAUUAAAUGUCCUGUGGAGUGGGUUGCAUACAGUCCCUUGAAAUGGAAACACAAUUUAAGGAUUUAGAAAUCACUUUAGCAUGUCGGCGUUAGGAAGUACCUCGUUUCAGUGUUCUGCUAAUGCUGCCGUGUUAGAUCAUUUGCACUGUCUGAGCAAUAAACGUGCUUUUUCACGCGACUCUUGUGUUGUUGUUCUUGUGCAGCAGCACAGAAUCACCACAAGGUGGAAGCAGUGGUCACCCCCCUACCCC